AUGGGCAUAUUCAUAAUGAUUUUAAUUGCACCGGGGCUCUACGUUAUGAUUGAUGUUGGACAAAUUGAGCUUCCCAAGUCAUUUCAAACCUGUGGACAAUUCAUCGACAACAUUGUUAAAGUAUUCGCAUUCACGAAAAAAUAUAAAUAUGAAAUACAGAAGUUUCGUGACUAUAUGAACAAAAAGAAAAAAGUUAUCGAUAUUCCUGAAGAAAUCAUCAAAAAUCAUCAAGUGGUUGCAAGCUACGCUGGGAUCACCUCUGUUUAA